AUGGCUUCUUACCUCGCGGCAGAUCAGCCGUACCUGGCAUCGCAACCUGACGCGAUACCCCAAGAUCAACAAGACCCGUUUUCCUCGUCGACCUCGAGUCACCAUGGACGGUUUUCACACUUCGAUAACCAAUUAUUUGCUCUCGGCCCGACAGCAUCUCCUGACCAGGCGAAGCGCGCCCUGGAAGCACAUCUCGCCGAAACUGAACGACGUAUUCAAGAAGCUUCGAAAUUGGGAACCACGCUCGUGCAACAGCGCAAGGAUCUGGCAGAUCGUCUGAAAGAUGUUGAGAGGCAGCAAAGUGAAGGAGACAUUACGCCAGAAUUACGGCAGAAGCUUGUUGAGGUAGAAAAGGAGUACAACGAGGUUGGCCGAGAGUCCGCGAGGGCAUUUCUCCCGAAGUCGCGAGUCUCGAGUGCCGAAAUGGCUGGCGGAUCACCGUUCGCGGGUGACAAGCGUUCUGCAAGUCCGUCAAAAUUUGAGAGUCAAGCCAUAAAUUCGCCCUCCAAGCUGAGUGUACCGAAUCGGAAGCAACGAAAUCAGCCCUCAAAUCGAGUACAUGAUAUCGAGUUUGCGACGGAGAUCAGUACAUCGCUUUUGUCACAGGUGCGCCAUCUUCAGGCAUUGUUGUCUGAGAGGGAGGAGUCCUUAAAGACCGUGACGCUGGAAAAGUCAAGGUUGGAGAUUGAGGCGGAAGGCUUCAAUCAGCGACUUAGGAGCCUCGAUGAGAGUGAACAUAGAUAUAAGGACGAGAACUGGAAUUUAGAGACUCAGAUCCACGGGCUUCUGGCAGCAGCAAAGGAAGCAGCUGAUCGAGAAAAGAAGCUGAACCACAACCUCGGUCUCUUGCAGGCCGAAAAGAGUGCUGCACAAAAGGAGCUCGAUGAUAUCAAGCUAAGCCAUGCAAAGCUCGCAGAAUUUCAUGCGUCGGCAAUCAAACACCAUGAAGCUGAACUCGGAAGCGUCAAGCGAAGCAUGACUAUGGCCGAUAACGAACGAGGUGCCUUGCAACGAAAGGUUGAGGAUCUGACAGGCCAGAACCAGGAACUCGCUAGAGCUAUUGCCCAUCAACGAGGGAGAUUGGAUGACCGAGAACAGAAUAGAGGCCUUACAGACGAUGACAUUGACACGGCUCCCGACAAUGUCACUCCUGAGCAUUCCCCGCCACCUUCGCCUAUCAAAGGAACCCCUAGACACAGUAUGCUCGAGUCCGAGACGCUGAAGAGCUCGUUGCAUCACGCCCAUCGGAUGAUCCAGAACUUGAAGGGAAACAUUCACAGAGAGAAGACUGAAAAGCUGGAACUCAAGCGAAUGCUUCAGGAUGCUAGAGACGAGUUAGAUGCCCGCCGCGUGGAUUUUGGUUCCGGAAACGGGAAGAGAAACCGCAAGGUCGAGUCGAGGGAUUUUAAGAAGCCGAAGUUGCCAGGCCAGCUUGGAGGAUUGAGAGGUAGCAAGAGCGAAAUAUUCAUCGAUGAUCCCAGCUGGGAGGAAGAUGAUGGUCAGGAUAACCCGAGCCAAGCGGCGGCUGUGGCAGCUGCCCGAGCUGCUGCUGAUGCCGAUGGAGCUGGUCGAUCAGUAGAUAAUUAUAUCGACGUCUUCGACACUGCCAAUGAACAAGACUCGACUGACGCCUUUGAGACUGCAAAUGAGCGCGGAACAGAAACCGAAGAAUUCCAGACCGGCGCCGAAGAAAUGAGCAGUAGCGACGAGCUCACGGAAACGGAGGGACCAUCAGGGUCUGUACGAUCAAGAGCAGCACCCAUGGCUUUGACCAAGCCAGGUAAUAGAAACUCCUUUCAGAGUACGGCAUCUGCAUCCGGUGACGAGUACAGCUACGAGGAUGCCAGGACUCCAGAGGCGCAACUCCCACAAAGACUUCGAUUGAGAGUCAGCCGCGGUCUCAACCGACGAUCAAGAGCAGUGAGCGAAGACCCCCUAUUCCAACAGAGUAGCCCUGCCAGUUUUGCGAGCAACAGCCGUGAUGGAACUCCUCAAGCUGCCGGUCAGAGCUUGUUUGCUGAACUGGGUGACAUGAGUGACGAGGAAGACUCGAUCUUGGGCACUCCGAGCCGCAGCUGGGUCGCUUCUCGAUCAAUGACACCCACGUCACGACCCAGUACUGCAAGGCGUGCCCUUGAUGAUGUACCCAUUCUUUUGCCAUCGAUACCUCCCGUUCCAAGAUUGCCGAUGAUAGACGUAGGAGUGAUGACCGACCCAUGGGAGCCACGGCCAGCUACUCCUCCUAUAACCGCCACUCCGCUGAUUUAUGGUGGCUUGACAGGUGCUGCUUUGACCGAGGCAGCACAUAUGGCUACUAGAAAUGCUCCCACUGGGUUGGAUGCUGCGCCUGUAAUGAGUGAUAAUCACACUAUGACCGAGCCUGAGCCACGAAAUUCGACGAGCGACGGGCAUACUUCAACCGACCCCCAACCAGCUCGCAUUAUGAACGACAGCUAUACUUUAACUGACCCUCAACCAGUGCAUGCUGUGUGUGAUAGUCACACAUCGACCGAGCCAGAACCAGUACGCAUCAUGAACGAUCGCUCUACUGCAAUGGAUACGCCUGUCAAAGCGAACAUGUCAGAUGCUGCCAGUCAAUGGCAUGAAGAGCAAUUGAAGGAACAGUUGGAUCAUCAUCUUUUGUUUGUUGAUGAAGAUCGUACGAGACCAAUUUCAGUCUCUACUUACAGCGACAGAAGCUCGCAGUAUGAUUCAGAAGUCAUGCAAGAAAAGAUGGACAAGUUCCCAUCCCCACCAGCAUCCCGUGCUCAUACUCCUAUGGCGAGCCUGACCGGUCGCGAGGCAACGGCGAAUACUUUAACGAUGUCCAGCAUUCGCUCCGAGUAUGUUGAGCCCGAGUCUCCUAUCCUUUCCGAUACUGCAAGCGAAGUUCGCCGAAGUACACCCGAAGCUGCUCCCAACCCAGCGCCUUGGGCUUUAUCUGCCAUCCAGUUCGUUGAAACAGAACCCAUCUCGCCGCCUAGAAGUCCUCGAAGAGACGCUGUCUUUAUUCCUAGAGACUACGAUAUAGAGACUACCAAGGAGGGACCAGAAACUCCCGACAAAGGUCCUGUCCUAGGUGAUGUGUUUGGCGUGAACAAGAAUAAGGCGCCCGCAACCCCCAUCAUUGCUGAGGAUGAUACUUGUCAAUCUCCAAGUGACUCUCCUAUGAUGGAGACACCUGAGUCUCAACGUCCAUUCAAGGAGAUUUCUGGCAACCCUCACACUCGUCCUGUGAAGAAGGUCCAUGUUGAGACCAUCGAUGAGAGCUCACAGACUGCACUGACAGCAACGCAGAUCGAUGAAUUGCAGCGUCUUAAGAGCGGAGCUACUUCUCCUUCACGUGGGACUGCGAAUCCGCUUGCUCUGCGAGUCAAGUCGCAAGAAAGCAUUGGGAGUGGAGCCAGAGCUAGGUCGAAGAUACCUGAAUCCGACAUCUUCCUGGAUCCUUUCCCUGCAAAGAGACCUGGCAGCGCUGGGAGCGGACGCAAUAACUCUAUUACGAGUGUCCACCCGCCAUUGCCUACGGAUCACAAGCAGGUUAUCGCUGCUGCGGCUCGGCGUUCGGGGUCAUCAUCUGGAGGAGCUGGCAGCAUGAGUCCGCCGUCAUUACCAACCUCUGCGCCCCGAUCUGUUAAUAGUAUGGGCCCGCCGUCGCUGCCAAACUCUAUACAGCGUUCUGGCUCUUCUUCUGGGGGUGUUGGCCGCAUGGGUCCCCCACCAGUGCCAAUUUCUGGCUAUAAGAACCCCUUGUUCAGACCUAGAACACCAACUUCGCAACCACCUCAGAGUCCUACCUCUAUGAAAGCUGGUACGACACCAAGACCAAUCCACUCUUCUGCUGGCACUGCGGAAAUUCAUUCGCCUACCCGAACUGCCCGAACCGCCAAGUCUAGGGCAUCGUCAGUUUCGUCCUUUGCGUCUGAACUUGAUACCCGCUUCAACAUGAGCUCCGGCUUGCCUCAAGGCGUUGAGCCAGGUACUGACCCGCGAAUGAUCAAUGCUAUUACUCAGACCAUGAUUGGGGAAUACCUCUGGAAGUACACCAGAAAGACUGGGCGUGGUUCCAUGUCAGAGAACCGUCACAGACGUUACUUCUGGGUCCAUCCGUACACCCGAACUCUUUACUGGAGUGAUCGCGACCCAUCUGCUGCGGGUCGGGCUGAAUUGAAGGCAAAGAGUGUCCCGAUUGAAGCAGUGAGAGUUGUCACGGAUGACAAUCCUAUGCCUCCCGGAUUGCACCGCAAGAGUUUAAUCAUCAUGACUCCAGGUCGUGCUGUUAAAUUUACCGCAACUACCGGGCAACGCCAUGAAACAUGGUUCAACGCUUUGUCAUACCUGCUCCUUCGAACCGGUGAAGAAGCUGUCGGAGAUACAGUUUCUAUGGCUAAUGGUGCUUUGACCCAAGAAGAUGUCGAUGAGUUCAACCCAGGAUACAGAAGCCAGAGUACUCGUCUAGAUCCAGCUUCUCUUUCUUCAUCUAACAGCCGCACAACUCGCCAUGAGACUCCUGCGAACACCCAGAUCGCAGCGCAGCCUUAUCUGACUGCCUCGACCUCAUCCCGUGCAACAAUGGGCACAUUCUCGCGGUUGAGCAGUUACUGGAAGCCAAGUGAAGCAGCAAAGAACGCCUCGUUCUCGAGUCGGAAGAGUAGGCAAACUCUCAGCGAGAACGGUGUAAUCUACGAUGCCAGCGAAGUCCAUGACAGCGCCGAGGAUCUGAGAGAGCAAUAUGAGAGGCAAGAUCGGGAAUCUGAUAGACUGGAGAAUGUCAGAGCAUGCUGUGACGGCAGACACGACGUUGGUCACCUGCACAACCAUUCCGUCAAAGGACGCCACUCUUCAGCAACCAUCGGCGCCGCAUCCGGUUCCAGCUCCCGAACAGGCCCAACUCCACGCAACAGCACCAAGAGCCGCCACAGCUCGUUGCGCAGGACGGACUAA